AUGCAAGACUGGGUCGCUCUCCAUCGGAUUCCUCCACCUGCCGCCCUGCUCGUCUCUUGUGUUGUUUGUCGCUGCUCUACUCUUGUCACUCUGUUCUGCAACGUCUGCUCUGCACCUCGCUCUCUCGUUUCCAUUAGCCCUUUUGCCUCUGUCUUCGAGCUCUCCAUCUGUACCAAGGUUGUCUCAUACGUAGUCAGUCUGUCGAUACCUGUAUUACAUACUAUGUUCAUAUCCCCAUUGAGCUACAAGUGUAUGGAUCAAGUAAGGUGCCUUGAUAGGCGAAUAUUUUGCUAUCUCUCUCUCUCUCUCUUACACAUCAUUCUCCCUCUCUGUGUCUCUCUUCCUCGCUCUCUACAAUUUCUCGACUGA